GCCUUGCGUCGGCGCACUAGCGCCCGCCCGUUACCGGGCAGAACGUCAGCGGAGCGGCCUCCGCUCCAUCCGGGUCUCUGGGCACCUCCCCUUGGAUGACGCUACAGUCGCGGACGGCUUCUCCGUGACGUAGUCAAACCCCGUCCGCUGCGUUGUGACGUCACAGAGCCUGCGGCCCCGCCCCCCUAUUUUCUCCGAGGGCGCCUCCCUGCGUUUCCUCUAAGGGGCGGGGCGUUGCGAUGAAACCAGUGCACCAGCCUAAGCCCGCCCCUGGUGGAGCCGGUGAGGCGGGACUAGGUGGGAUGGCAGAACGCCCCCUGUUUCCAGCCUGCCCCACGGGCCGGCCCGGACGGCUCCAACGCCAUCUCCUGAGCGGCGAGUUCGACCAGCUGCGAGACUUCCCCAUCUUUGAGAGCAACUUCGUGCAGGUGACCCGGUUAGGAGAAGUUGCCAACAAGGUCACCAUGGGGGUGGCAGCCUCCAGUCCAGCCCUGGAACUUCCAGACCUGUUGCUGCUGGCCGGCCCUGCCAAGGAGAACGGACGCCUGCAGCUCUUCGGGCUGUUCCCCUUGCAGUUCGUCCAGCUCUUCGUCCAUGACGAAAGCCGCAGGGAGCUCAAGGUCAAGUUCCGCACCGGCCGCGCUUUCUACCUGCAGUUGCGGGCCCCGCCCGAGACCCGCGACCGUGAGUUCGGCCAGUGGGUGCGGCUGCUCUACCGCCUGCGCUUCCACUCGGCCCAGGGAGCCGUGCCCUUCACGCAGGCGUACUCGGCGCUGGAGGACGAGGAGGAGGACGACGACGACGACGAAGACGAGGAUGUGACCGAGCGGGAGGAGAGUCCCCACUCCAAACUGCAGAUACACGCGCAAUCAAGGCAUCUCAGAUGCGGUCUCUCUUGCACCCAGCUUCAAGCCAUGGAAGCCAGACUUGACCCACAGAUCUCUGAACUCUGGGGCCUCUGACUCCUCCAACAUUCUAUGAGGUCACCAAAAGGCCAGAGCUCAAAGCGUACCCUACCUCGGGGCCGGACAGAUGAAUUAUCAAAGUUAAUAAAGAUCGGCCACUUAAGAAUCAA